GGGUCGGUGGGACUGUGCGGCAGCUGCAGCAUCACUCUGAGCAGCGCGUCGGUACAGCGAGGAGUCCAGCAGCUCCGAAGCGCAGACGGCGCGCCUUCUCCGUGGAGAUUUGUUCUCUGUGACCUGCUGGGAGGAAGACGCUCUUCCACUCACUUUCGUUUUUCCCCCCCCACCUCAUCCACCACGUAAGGUAAUGCCAUCGAUAAAUAUGAAACUGGAGAUGGUGACCAUCAUCGCCUGCGAAGUAGACACCGAAGUGUUUACGUCAGACAAAAUGCAGGAGAGGUUUGAAGCCGUGUUCAGGAUUUAUGAUGAACACACAACCUUCCAGAUGUUCAAAAGCUUCAGAAGAGUGCGGAUCAACUUCAGCACCCCAGAGGCAGCCGCCCGCGCUCGCAUCGAGUUGCACGAAUCGGAGUUCAACGGCAAGAAGCUCAAACUCUACUUUGCUCAAAUCCAGAAUGGUGACGAGGACAUAGACAAGUCUUACCUGGCCCCUCCACAACCCGUGAAACAGUUUCUGAUCUCUCCUCCUGCCUCGCCGCCUGUGGGAUGGAGCCAGAGUGAAGACGCCACACCCCUCAUCAACUACGACCUGCUAUGUGCUGUUGCCAAGCUCGGACCUGGUGAAAAGUAUGAACUCCACGCCGGAACAGAGUCCACUCCCAGUGUUGUCGUCCACGUGUGCGAGAGCGAGGCAGAGGAGGACGAAGCGGUGCGGCCAAAGCAGCAGAUCGUCCAGACCAGGCGUCCCGAUGGUCCCCCAACGGUCUCCAACUAGAAAAGCCCCGCCACCGGGGCCGGCACCGUACCGCCCUUUAAACCUGCGACACACCCGCCCUCUCUAUCUCUCGUCUCUGCACUCACAGAGAGCGUCGACGCCCCUCAUUUCAGUUCAACUACAAGCAAAAACAAACAUUGCUCGGAGACGGUGUUUGUUGCGAGCGUGGCGAUGGAAUGAGGCGGCUUGAAAGGAACGGAUGAGAACCACAUGCACGUACACACUCAUCACAUUCUGCCGACAGCGUGGGGACAGUGCGAGGCUUGCCUCCACCCUAUCAUUCCCUCUCGUUUCCCGCAGGAGGGGGUAAAGUACUUGUCCCACCACAGGCACCUGUCACCUACCGCACAUUCUCAGCUCCGUUGCCUGCUUGUCCAGUAGCUUGUUAGCCGUUCCUCUCCAUUUAAAGCUCAGUUUUUUUCUACAAUAAUCUCUGGAGAUGCAACACUGAACCGGUUGUGUUAAUGUUUAAAUAUAUUUUUUUCUUUUUUUGCUUGUUUUUUCAUUCUUUUUUAUCUGCUGGUAUGUAGCUUCAGUUUGCAUCAGGAUUGUGUGUGAUGUUCCUGCUCGUAUCUGCAUGUAUAUACUGUAAUACAAAAAAAUACUCACAGUAACGCAAAUACUAAAAUAGUGUAGGGAGGAAAAAUAAGCUACAUCACACACAGCAUAAAGCGCCAUAUGUGACUACUAAAGUUGGGUGAUUGUCUGACUUUUUAUUUUUUGUGGAGAGGCUUUCUUUUCUUUUUUUUCCGGCUUUUGCAAAGUUACUAAAUGUGUAUUAUUACUAUGUAUUUAAUACCCCAACACUUUUUGCAUGCAUACUUCAGUGGAUGGGGAGCUGAAGUGUUUUUUUUUUAUUGUUGUUUGUGAUGACAGGAAAAUUGUGUAACACUGCUGGCAUGAGUUCAUAUUGUUCCUGCGGGCUUAAAGCGACAUCUUUGGACGAUUUGGUGAGAUUGACGGCUCCGUCUUCAGCCUGAUGACAAACUUGCCUGUUUGUUUUUUUCUGUCCAGAUUUGAUGGAUCAGAGACAGUUCAACCCUCUCGUUUCUUCAAGAGGAGAUUUAUUUCUUUUUUUUCUGACUCUGUUGUUCACAUCUUUAUCGAUAUUGACUGUGUUGUUCAAUCUAACCCACUUAUUUGUGUCGGGUUUCCUUUGAAACUAACUACUGCUUGUUUUGCACUGAGAAUCUCUUGAUGUCUCGAAAGCGACGGCGGGGCUCUUGACCGCCUCUAGAACGCUGCGCUGCUUCUUGCUGUACAUAGAUGAGUGGUAAAUCUGGGGAAAUCUUCUUUUAGAUGUUGUACCUGAAACCAUUUCAUUAAAAAAAAAGGGAAAAUGAAGCUUGCCUCGUGAGAUAACAACCAAAGCAUUCACUCGCCGCUCAUUAUUAUAACAGAAAAUUAUUUUUGAUCAUCAAACACUCUCAAAAUGACAUUUUUGAUGAUAAUUCCACUUUUUCUGCUACUGUACAUUCUUUUCUUCUGGUUGUCUACUAACUAUUUAGGUUGUGUGUAAAUUAACACAAUUAUUUAAUAAAAAUAUAAGUGGUUUGGGGCCAUUUAUGUCUUAAGCACUCAUCCAUGCAUUUACUGCACAUGCUUCAUUCUUUCUGGGGUCAACAGACAUGAAAUUUGGAGGAACUUUGCUGUUUUUUGUUUUUUUUUUCCAGCUAAGCAUGUGAGCACUUUAUUAGUCUUUCGUUCACUUUUUUUUAAGACAAAGUGAGAAGCACACUUUUUGGUUUCAUUCUUGUAUUUUUUUGGUCACGAGCUAAAAAACACCUGGUCAGCCUUUUCACCAGCAUAUUGCAGAGAGUGAACCACUCCAUGUCCGUUUGACGGCGUGAACUCCUCAUGCCUUUUGGAUCCGUGAGCAUUCGACUCAAACGGUGUUUACAUGCAGUGCAGUUGGAGGUUUAAAACGAGGCAGCGAACAAGAAUAAUACACUUUUUUUUGUCCACAAGAUUGGUGUUGGUAUCUGAGGUGAUUUCCAGUUAACACAGCAGGAGGUGAAGGUUUUUCCUUUAAACUCUGUGGACAGGGUGUUUUAAACUUGUGCACUUUGAUCACACUGGAAAUGUAAUUUUCUGUACAAAUGCCAAGUGUCUUUUCUUUUGUCUUCUCUGUUCUUCGCUGAGACCAGCCCUCGUGUGCAGUUUGUUCCAGCUACUCUUGGAGCUCUUGUAAUGUAAACAAAAUACAAAACAAAACAAAAAAGGCGAGUACCAGUGAGCCCUGAAGAUGCUCAAUCAGAAAGCAACUGUAUCCAACUUGGACUCGGUUGGAUGAUUUUUUUUUUCCUUUAUGUUCGGGAGAAACAUCUACGAAAAAGCGAAAUAAUACCGUUAUUACUGUCACUGUUGUACUGUUUCUGUUUAACUCUGAUUAUUGUGUCUUGUAUUGUAGAAAUCCAAAAAACAAAGUAGCAUAUCAAGCAAUAAUUUACAGUACUAUGAUAUCAGUAUGUGUAUAUUACUUGUUCUGUACUUAUUUCUCAGACAUGGUCUCUGUCUCUGACAGUAUCUGUUUCUAUUUGUGUAGUAAAAUAGUCAUUUGUUUCACAUAGAAAAAUACAUAAAGACUUAUUCUUAAAAACCA